UGUGUCAAACUGACACAACUAAAAGCCAUUAAGCAAAGAACUUAACUGAACUGAAUGGUUAAAUUAUAAUUGAUAAUAAGAAUUAUGUUUGACGAAAGUUCAGUUAUAUCUGGUAAAACUUUUAAAAGAACUGUCGAAAGCAUUAACAAGGUUGGAUACUCAGACGGAGUUGUAGAUGGACAAUCUUCUUCAUUUCAACAUAGUUUUGAUGUGGGUUAUGAACAGGGCUUAAACUUUGGAUUACAAUUAGGAUAUAAAGCAGCAACAAAGCAGCAGAUAAUUGAGAGACCAGCAAGUGACCCAUGUAAGAUUAACUGUCAAAUCUGCAUAAAUGGAAACUCAACAAAGGAGAAUAUUUUCAAUUUAUACAACACACAAAAGGAGAAAAAUGAAGAGUAUUUAAACACAUCUGUAAAUGAAACGUAAAAAAAUAUAUUUCAUAAAAAUAUUUUAUUUAUAAAA